AUGCCUCAACAAAAACUUCCAAGCUGGAGAAGCUUCCUAACAGUGGAGCCUGUCAUACUAUUUUAUGCAUACGGCCUCUUCACAAGCAUGCCUUUGUUUCGGCAAUAUGUGUACAGUGUCAUCAGUGACAGGAAAGGGUUUCCAUAUAAGGAGCUAAUAAUGGAAAAAGAAGGUCCAGGGUGUCAUGAAGACGUCUUUGGAGAAAACGCCACUUUAAAACGACUAGAGGAAGAAGUAAGACGGAUUAAAUUUUUUGAGUUUACUUGGCAAUCUGAGGGCGGCACAUAAGGGUCUCAGGGGCUUCCUCCUUCUCCGUCCUUGAUCACGACACAUCCCUAAUCUCUAAUUUGACAAAAUAAUUUUCCACCAAUAACCUUAGUGCUUUUAUUUGAAAUUGAAACUACUUAAGAAAGUUCAAGUCGUACUCCGACCACUAACUGGGAGGCUGCUUCCCGGAAGUUCUGAGUUCAUCACCGCACAGAGAUGAUACCAAGUGGAUAAUACCAACUAAAGGACCCAAUGCAAAUUUUUAUUUUGCUUUAUUUAUUUGAGAAACUUAACCUAACCUUUGACAUUCUUGUUGAGCUAUUUUGAAGAAAUAGCUCAUAUGUCAGUGGUGUGAGCGUAUGUAUCUCUGUGGCUUUGUGGGUUUGUGUGUUCAGAUUUCUGUUGCAGGAGCCAAGAAGGUUGAAUGUACUAUGGGUUGAUUCUUAGGAACCAAUGAGAUUUUGGCAUCCAAACAUGACAUUGCUUAAAGUCAAACAGGGCACUUUGCGACCGCCAUCUUGAUUCUUCACAAUCUUUUCGUCCUUUAUUAUGGCUAAGGUCUUUAGAAGCAUAACAUUGAAAUAUCUUCGUGAUUCAAACGCUUUUUACAGUGAUUUUUAAAGUACAUUGCCAACAAGUAAGCCGAGCGAAGACGGUCGGCUUGCGAGACGGCCAGCUUAAUGCCACGCGAAGUAUUGCAGCAGGCAGAAAAAUUCUCGAUCGUGCUGUGAAAAGUGUAAUGUACGUAAGUGUAAUGUAAGGUGUAGAUUCCCUGGAGAUUUUAGUAGCGUUAGAUUUCACGUGUAGUUUCACGUGACUUUUGAUGACCUCACGCGAAGUAUUGCAGCAGGCAGAAAAAUUCUCGAUCGUGCUGUGAAAAGUAUAAUGUAAGUGUAAUGUUCCCUAAUCCCUAGGCCUCAUUAUUAUGCGCGGCCAAUGAGUUUUGGGUCACGUGGUCCGAGAAAGUUUUUGAGGCCUAGACAAACUUGGAGAAGUGGGACAUUUUGUCUCACUUGGGGCGGAGCUUUUGGAAGCGGGUGAGCUGUCAAUAACUUUUCCGCGCUGAUGAAAGAUGUCCAGCAGCCAUGGAGAGUACAGAGGAUAAAGAGGCAAACCGAGCAUUUUUAUCAUAUGCACAUUUUCAUUGUUCAAAGUCCUUUGGCGUUCCUUUUCCAUUUAUCUCAUUAAACUAAUUUGAACUUUAUUUCAUCUCAAAAACUAUUUGUAGGCUAAGCAAAACAGCGUCGCAAAAAAUUAUUUCAUUAAGAAUCGGAAGGUAAGCUAAAGAAAUAAGUUUAUAUAUAUUCUUGGACAUGAAAAGCUACCUUUCAUUUCUCUAUUUUAGCUUGCUCCUAUAAAUUUCUCGUUAUCAUUUCACUUCGAAAUAUAUUUUAUGUAAUUUAAUUUCUGGAUUUGGAAGCUUAUCAAACUAAUCGGACCGGCUGUUGAAUUUGGUCUCUGAAUUUGGUAGAAUGUCAACAUGCCACUGUUUCAAAUAUUUUUUAUCAAUAAAGAAAAAACAUUUUAAUGGUUCAUUUAAAAAUGAACUAAAAGCGAAAUUACUUGCACGUUAUACAGUAGUAUUCUUUCCGAUUCAAAGUAAUAUUUUUGUUCUUUAAUAAUAGAAACCAGGUUAGUUAUUUUUGUAAUAGUGUCAAUAGUGCCGAUCUUUAAGCGAAGGAUAUUCACGCGCAAAGUUAUUUAUAGAUUAUUUCAGUUGAACGUGUGAACUUUUCAAAAAUGCAAAAAUGCUCACGCAUGCGCACUCCGAGAUUGUCUAGGCGUCUCCCGGCCGUUCGUCUCGGAUACCUCACCGAAAUGCAUUUACCGAGAGGGCCUGGAAAGACGCCGUACAGGGACUAGGCAAAGUGUAAUGCAAGGUGUAGAUUCCCUGGAGAUUUUAGUAGCGUUAGAUUUCAUGUGUAGUUUCACCUGACUUUUUGAUGGCCUUUGUUGUAAACAAACUUUCCAAGUUCGGACAUUGUUCUCUGCCACUCUACUGUACUUGUGGGAAGUACAACUCGCUAUUUCAAGUUCGCGCUAACCUAUAAAUGUUAUUUCCUUUUCGCUGUUUGAAACUCGACAAGUUUAAGGUUCAAAAUGCCUAAGAAGAAGAAUAAGAGCGAUUUUAAGGCCAAGAGCAUGGCAGAAAUGUAUAAACGAGGAGUGCUUGUAGUGGAAAUUCUCUCCUCAGCAGCUCAAAUGGUUUUAUAAAGAUUGGAACUAAAACCGGUGAUGUAGGCAAAUUCUUUUUCUUUCGUUGGCACUUAGCGAAAGCUACAAUUAGUAUUUUAGUGUUGGUGCUGCUUCAAAGCAUUUUUGACCUAAUUCGGCUAUCACGAAGGGUACAUCGCACGUAUUUAAUAAUUAUGAGUUAUGUUUCACCUGCUUCAAGGUAGAGUACAUAAGUUCAUGUAUUUUUCAAAGUUCUUCCAAUGAAACAGUAGUUGAAAUUUAGAUAGGGACCGAUUAAUUCGGGAGUAUGCGGCCUAUAAAUUGUGGUAUUUGACAAUUUAAAAGGCAGCAUAUGUUUUUUGAAAGCUGUACAGAGUACUGGGUUAAUCUUGUAAACAAGCUUUAUUCUCUCGCUUACAAAGUUCAACAGACCUUUUUCGUUCGGGCAAAAAAGACAAAAAAAAAAAGAAAAAAGACGCGAAUUAGGUGAACAACAUAAUACAUGCUUGCUGCUGAUAAGAGUCAUUAUAGUUAUUGAAACGUAUUUUAUUUAGUGAAGAUGCGUAACUUAAGUAGAGACAGUAGCAUUAGGGAAUAAAAUUAGAAGAAGCUAGUUGACAAAAUAAUUAGACAUUGUUUUAUUGAGUGGAAUAACAUGAUGUGAGUACAAAUAUAUUUCGGCAGUUUGAUAAUUUUCUUGUAAGGAAAUAAAUGUUAAGCUAUCCACCUUUAACUUUGUAUGAAGUAUAAUUUAAUUGCAGAUGUUGUAAAGCCUAGGUGAUUACUUAAAAUCGUUUGAGCAAAUUUUCUUAUUUAUACUACUACACGAGAAAUUUCUGCAAUUUGAUUGGUUUAGAGCAGUGGUAUUUCAGCUUAAUUUGAAAUACCUACAUGUGAAAAUUACAAACCUCUUGCGGGUAGUAGUAUAAACAAAUAAUAGCGUGAUUUGUACGUGAUAUUUGGCAUAAAUACCACUCGUGAUAUUUCGAAAUUGUCUCACCUUUUACUCGCCUCUGUCGGCUCAUGAAAUUACGUCUGACAAUUUCGAAAUAUCACUCGUGGCACUUAUGCCAAAUAUGACUACAAAUCAUGAUAUUACCUACACAAACAAUUUGCGUUCUUUUAUUUAGGAAUUGUAAAAGGGACAAAGUCCAACAUAUUCACGAGCAAAUUGUGUGCGUGAGUUAUUUUUAUUAUCCUGCUUACUGGAUUACUGUGUGAUAACUCGAAUUCCCGGCCUGACCUACAAACCACAAAAGGGACAAAGUCCAACACUUUCACGUGCAAACUGUGUGACUGUAUAUCUCAUGCAGACUGGCUUUUCAUUGUAAUAAUUGUAACUUGAAUGUAUGAAGACCUUUUCAGUUUAGUUACUAGUGCCUUAAGUAAAGGCUGUUUUCUUAAGAAGCAAUAACCUAUAACACUUUUAGAAUCAAGUCGUCAGAGUUAAUUAAAGACUGUUUCAUCAAGUACAAUCACACGUGACAAACUCGUGAAUAAUGAUGAUGAAAAUCGUGACAUUUCUUAGCUAUUCGGUAUUCGACGAGCUUCAUUAUCUUAAGAAACCAUGAAGAAACCUUGAAACCUUCGAGUCUUCCCUCUAAGCAACGUCUGGUGAGUUAAUAUUUAUAGUACUUUUAAUUAACAAUUUACUUAAUUUGCAACAGAUGUCAGAAGAAAAGACAGAGAAAAGUGAAUCUGUAAUAUGAGGAUCGACUCGGCUCAGCUGUGCGCAGCGGUUCGCGUUUUCAUUAAUGUACAGCAAUCCCCAAUUUCGUACAAAAAUAAUCUUAAUUUAGGACUAAAAAAGUUGUAGAUUGUUAUUUAAAUACGGUUACACUGAAGCAUUCAAAAUAGCUCAUGCACGUUAAACGUGCCUAUGUUUAUCUUUUUCUCAUUACGCAGGUGCAAAGUCUAGCCACGAAAAUAGACUUAGGGAACACCUUUUUCAUGACUAUUCCGUCGCUAAUCGUUGCACCAUUUUGGGGUCCUUGGACUGAUAAGACAGGUCGGACUAAACCUGCCCUCAUAGCACCUGAGAUUGGAGGUGUUUUGGGAACUAUGGUGAUGCUUAUGGUAAUGUACCUCGAUUUACCUUUGUAUGUGAUGUUUGUGGGCUCAGCUGUGAUCGGAAGUUCGGGAUUUUUGACGACUCUCUCGUUAGCCGUCAUGUCGUAUAUCGCCAACACAACUGAGAAGACAGGAAUCGCGUUCAGAUUAGGUGANUGACAUUCUUGUUAUCUUUUUGUCAUUACGCAGGUGCAAAGUCUAGCCACAAAAAUAGACUUAGGGAACACCUUUUUUAUGACUAUUCCGUCACUAAUCGUUGCACCAUUUUGGGGUCCUUGGACUGAUAAGACAGGUCGGACAAAACCUGCCCUCAUAGCACCUGAAAUUGGAGGUGUUUUGGGAACUAUAGUGAUGCUUAUGGUAAUGUACCUCGAUUUGCCUUUGUAUGUGAUGUUUGUGGGCUCAGCUCUGAUCGGAAGUUCGGGAUUUUUGACGACUCUCUCGUUAGCCGUCAUGUCGUAUAUCGCCAAGACAACUGAGAAGACAGGAAUAGCCUUCAGAUUAGGUGAGACCUAAGAUAUAUAAGUGCAUUACCACACCAACAAACAUAGCUGAUAUCAUAGAGAGGGGAUCACGAUAACCUUUUUGACUAUUCUCAUUCUUGCUAACCUGCAAAAAAAUCCGUUUCUCCUAGCUCUUCGCCGCUGGGGACGUUUCGCACGGAGGAACUUGUUCCUCCGCGCGAAAAGUCCCCAGCGGAGAAGAGCGAGGAGAAACGGAUGUUUUCGCAGGCUACAUUCUUGCCUGUUACCAUGAUGUUGGUAUCGCAGGCACGGCGAAUAGCCUGCGAAAACUCGCCCCUUGUAAGGAAAUCUGGAGCCCGGAAUCGGAGAAAUUCUUGAUAGUGGAUACGAGAAUCCUGGGCUUUGGAACCCGGAAAACAGCUCAAGGAAUCCGGAAUCCCACUGACGAAAGAAUCUGGUAUCCAAGUCCCACUGAAUCUGGAAUCCAGUACCUUGGAACCGAGAAUCCAUAGCAUGGAAUCCAGAAUCCAAGACUGUCUUGGAUUCCCUUACAUGGGGCGAGAAAAACAGUCGUUGGGUGUUGUUCACCGCUACGACAGUGAAAGGCGGCUGUAUUCGCAGGAUAGCGCUUGAAAGAGACAGUAAACAAAGGAAGACCGGGAGCAAGGACCCAGAAGAAGGGAUGUUUCUGGCCUGUAUAGGCGUACUUCAUGUGUAGAAAGAAGUAUAGAGAGAAUACUAACUGUUUCGUUUUACUUCCAGCCAUCAUGCAGAUGCUUGUUUUCACUGGUGGAGUCAUCAGUCAGUUGACUAGUGGUUUGUGGAUUGAUAGGUUAGGGUUUAUUGCCCCAACAUGGCUCGUCCUUGCCUGUCUAUUGGCGAGCGGCCUCUGGGCCAUAUUCAUGGUGCCAGAACUCCAUAAUCAAACCGCGAAUGUCAAACACAAGUUUUUUGAUCUCAAAAAUUUGAAGAUUCUUGUAAACGUCUUCAAGAAGCCACGCCCACGGGGUGCACGAAAAACUCUGCUGCUGGUGGCGGUUGCGGGAGCUAUUCUAACCGUAACUGUUCAGGGACUUGGAGGUGUUCCAGCUCUUUUCGUGAUGAGAAGUCCGCUGUGUUUUGGUCCAACGCUUGUAGGUUACUUCCUGGCGUACAGGAUGUUCCUUCAGGGAUUUGGAGGAGCAGUGGGAGUAAAGUUGUUCCGAAUGUGUUUCAGCGAGAAAACAACUUCUCUUAUCGCGAUUAUUAAUCAGAUGGUUGAAAUGGGAAUCCUGGCGUUUGCAGACCGCACAUGGUUGGUUUUCACUGGUAUGUAGGCAGGGUUUUGUUUUCAUCUGUCGUGAAAUUUUUUGAUGUGAGUGGAUUCAAAUAAACUUGUAUGCAGCAUCUCCUAAAGCAAAGGAAAUAGCGGAAGUCUGUAUAUAUGCAACCUAUGUAAAACCAAGUUUACUGGUGAGGACAACUUGAUACAAAUCACUGUAUUUUGUCCACCCAAGCCUCUAAUUUGUGUCAGGUAGUGGCAGUCAUGAAUUCAUUUCUAAAUUUUGCAAUUUUUCGUCUUACUCUGUAGUACCCGCGUUGGGUUUUCUCAGUGGAGCUGUCGGUCCAAUUUUGACCGCAAUUGCAUCAAAGACAGUCGAAGCUGAUGAACAGGGUAUGUGCCUGUAAGAUCGCAAUAGCACGUGAGAUUUAAAACUACAGUGCUAAGUUUUGAUGUAAAAAUUGGGAGACACAGAGUUGCUAAACAAGUAUGGAAGGUUGUAAUAGAUUAUUUUGUUGCAUGGCAACGUAAUGUGUUCAAUGGAUGAAUGGUGGGGAACGGAUCCAUCAAACUACAGAGCGUUUUCACAUGACGUCAUGGCGGCCAUAUUGGUGUUCCAAAACAAAGAAACGACGGCCAUGUUAGUGUUCCAAGAUUUACCAAUAAUCCUGUGGGAGUUGAAUUCUUCUCUUAUGCAAACGCUUUCUUUUGUUCCAAUAAAUUUGCAUAGAUGUUGCAAUUGGCCGCGUGAGGGAAAAUGUUCUAUAGCGGGAGGAAGGAUGUGGACAAGAGUUAAGUUGGGGGCUAUCAUUAAAACUGAUAUACAAGAAAUGAAACACUCACUGGUUACCAUUUUUUUGCACUUGUUUUGUCAGUCCCGAUAAAAGUUUUAUCUGCCCACCGCGGUCAAACGUCCAAGGCAUUGUCUUCUUAUAUUUGCUAAGAUUUCAUUUACCAGUAAUAAGAAAAGUGGGCAAGGAUGUAUUAAAUAAUUAGUUAACGUAGCUAUCUUUUCUCUUUUGUUGAAGUAAUAUUGAGCUUCGUUUAGUUGAAAAAGCUUUGCGCCCGAGUAAUCUUAUGCUUUUAAAAUGGCUCCGACCAUAACACUAGUUUCAGUUUUCAAACAUUUACAACCUUUUUAGUGAACUUUUAAAAAAAUUGGGAAAUUAACUAGUAUUAGUUCUGCUAUAAACUAUUCCAUUUGAAAAAUUUAUUUCUCACAAAAUAAAGAAUUUUGCAAAAUAAAAAUUACACAGGUCUAUCCGAGGUGUCUAUUAUUGUCACACCUAAGUUGUGAUUUCUGAUUUAUAUCACAGGUUCAAAAAAAUCAGGAAUUGCAUAUUUCUGGCUUUCCCUCGAUAAUUAGGAAUACAAAUAAAAUUGGAACUGACUUAUAUUUCAGGCCGCAGCCAAAAAUUCCAAAAUGUUCCCUCAUUGCCGGGAACUUAAGACGUUUUUCCUUAACAUGAUGUGAAAAAACCUGGCAAGUUUCAGCGCGGUAUUUUAAAUCCUCAUCUUUUUAGAUCAUUUAGUUUUCAGUGCGGUCCAACGCAGUCGCAAAACCGCCCUUAAUUUUCGUCGCGCUGCGCUGUUUUCUUCGUCGUCAUCUUGAAUUCUCACGAGUAAACCACUGUUUUAAUGUUUGUUGUGACACUGACUCGAUUGUAGCACGGCACGUGGCAAGAAAAUGCGAAAAUCUUCGUUUGAACUCAUUUCGUGACGUGCUUUCAAUAUGGCGUCGUGAACAGUGUGUUUGCCUUAGCAACGCGCUAAUUUGCAUAAUAGGUCAUUUAACUGUGGCCUUAUCUGUCAUCAACCUUGAAAGGAUCAUAUAUCUAAUGUGUCUCUAGAAGGCUUUUUACAUUCACACCUUCGUCUGGAGCUAUACAAGGACGAAACAGCGGUCAUGACCGUGCGCAUGCGUGAAAUACUGUCCAUACCAAAGAGAUUGUGUGCUGGUGGGGCUUUGUGCUGCCAUUUUUCUGUUUGGUUAAUAUUGUGCAAACGAAUAAUUUGGUUUCUUUUUUUUAUUCAGGUUCCUUGUUUUGUGUCUACGGGAUUCUGAAUGUCUUUUCAAAUUUUAUUGGUGCAAUGAUUUUUAACAAUGUAUACGAAUCGACGCUGGGCAUCGGCUUCAAUGGCUUGGUAUUUCUGUUAAACGCUGGUUUGAAAACUUUUCCACUUGUAAUCAUCAGGUAAUGAAAAUCAAGGUCGUUGUAAUUGUUUCGUCUUCUCUGGGCCGUAUUCAUGGUGCCAGAACUCCAUAAUCAAACCCGCGCGAAUGUCAAACACAAGUUUUUUGAUCUUAAAAAUUUAAAGAUUCCUGUAAAGGUCUUCAAGAAGCCACGCCCAGGGAGUGCCCGAAAAACUCUGCUGCUGGUGGCGUUUGCAGGAGCCAUUCUAACCGUAACGGAUCAGGGACUUGGAGUUAUUCCGGCUCUUUUCGUGAUGAGGAGUCCGCUGUGUUUUGGUCCAACGCUUGUGGGUUACUUCCUGGCGUACAGGAUGUUCCUUGAGGGAUUUGGAGGAGCGGUGGGAGUAAAGUUGUUCCGAAUUUGUUUCAGCGAGAAAACAACUUCUCUUAUCGCGAUUAUUAAUCAGAUGGUUGAAAUGGGAAUCCUGGCAUUUGCAGACCGCACAUGGUUGGUUUUCACUGGUAUGUAGGCAGGGUUUUGUAUGUGAUCUGUCGUGAAUUUUUUUUUGGUGCGAGUGGAUUCAAAUAAACUUGUAUGCAGUAUCUCCUAAAGCAAAGGAAUAGCGGAAGCCGUCUGUAUAUAUGCAACCUAUGUAAAACCAAGUUUACUGGUGAGCGCAACGUAAUGGCUAAAGUUGAAUAGAUCUUUCCCAUACUCCCGUAUUGGACAACUUGAUACAAAUCACUGUAUUUUGUCCACCCAAGCCUCAAAUUUAUGCCCGGUAGUGGCAGUCAUGAAUUCAUUUCUAAAUUUUGUAAUUUUUUUUCUUACUCUGUAGCACCUGCGUUGGGAUUUUUCAGUGGAGCUGUCGGUCCAAUUUUGAUCGCCAUUGCAUCGAACACAGUCGAAGCUGAUGAACAGGGUAUGUGCCUGUAAGAUCGCAAUAGCACGUGAGAUUUAAAGCUACAGUGUUAAGUUUUGAUGUAAAAAUUGGGAAACACAGAGUUGCUAAACAAGUAUGGAAGGUUGUAAUAGAUUAUUUUGUUGCAUGGCGACGUAAUGUGUUCAAUGGAUGAAUAGUGGGGAACGGAUCCAUCAAACUACAGAGCAUUUUCACAUGACGUCAUGGCGGCCAUAUUGGUGUUCCAAAACAAAGAAACGACGGCCAUUUUAGUGUUCCAAGAUUUACCAAUAAUCCUGUGGGAGUUGAAUUCUUCUCUUAUGCAAACGCUUUCUUUUGUUCCAAUAAAUUUGCAUAGAUGUUGCAAUUGGCCGCGUGAGGGAAAAUGUUCUAUAGCGGGAGGAAGGAUGUGGACAAGGGUUAAGUUGGGGGCUAUCAUUAAAACUGAUAUACAAGAAAUGAAACACUCACUGGUUACCAAUUUUUUGCACUUGUUUCGUCAGUCCCGAUAAACGUUUUAUCUGCCCACCGCGGUCAAACGUCCAAGGCAUUGUCUUCUUAUAUUUGCUAAGAUUUCAUUUACCAGUAAUAAGAAAAGUGGGCAAGGAUGUAUUAAAUAAUUAGUUAACGUAGCUAUCUUUUCUCUUUUGUUGAAGUAAUAUUGAGCUUCGUUUAGUUGAAAAAGCUUUGCGCCCGAGUAAUCUUAUGCUUUUAAAAUGGCUCCGACCAUAACACUAGUUUCAGUUUUCAAACAUUUACAACCUUUUUAGUGAACUUUUAAAAAAAUUGGGAAAUUAACUAGUAUUAGUUCUGCUAUAAACUAUUCCAUUUGAAAAAUUUAUUUCUCACAAAAUAAAGAAUUUUGCAAAAUAAAAAUUACACAGGUCUAUCCGAGGUGUCUAUUAUUGUCACACCUAAGUUGUGAUUUCUGAUUUAUAUCACAGGUUCAAAAAAAUCAGGAAUUGCAUAUUUCUGGCUUUCCCUCGAUAAUUAGGAAUACAAAUAAAAUUGGAACUGACUUAUAUUUCAGGCCGCAGCCAAAAAUUCCAAAAUGUUCCCUCAUUGCCGGGAACUUAAGACGUUUUUCCUUAAUAUGAUGUGAAAAAACCUGGCAAGUUUCAGCGCGGUAUUUUAAAUCCUCAUCUUUUUAGAUCAUUUAGUUUUCAGUGCGGUCCAACGCAGUCGCAAAACCGCCCUUAAUUUUCGUCGCGCUGCGCUGUUUUCUUCGUCGUCAUCUUGAAUUCUCACGAGUAAACCACUGUUUUAAUGUUUGUUGUGACACUGACUCGAUUGUAGCACGGCACGUGGCAAGAAAAUGCGAAAAUCUUCGUUUGAACUCAUUUCGUGACGUGCUUUCAAUAUGGCGUCGUGAACAGUGUGUUUGCCUUAGCAACGCGCUAAUUUGCAUAAUAGGUCAUUUAACUGUGGCCUUAUCUGUCAUCAACCUUGAAAGGAUCAUAUAUCUAAUGUGUCUCUAGAAGGCUUUUUACAUUCACACCUUCGUCUGGAGCUAUACAAGGACGAAACAGCGGUCAUGACCGUGCGCAUGCGUGAAAUACUGUCCAUACCAAAGAGAUUGUGUGCUGGUGGGGCUUUGUGCUGCCAUUUUUCUGUUUGGUUAAUAUUGUGCAAACGAAUAAUUUGGUUUCUUUUUUUUAUUCAGGUUCCUUGUUUUGUGUCUACGGGAUUCUGAAUGUCUUUUCAAAUUUUAUUGGUGCAAUGAUUUUUAACAAUGUAUACGAAUCGACGCUGGGCAUCGGCUUCAAUGGCUUGGUAUUUCUGUUAAACGCUGGUUUGAAAACUUUUCCACUUGUAAUCAUCAGGUAAUGAAAAUCAAGGUCGUUGUAAUUGUUUCGUCUGAUUGAAGACCAUGAAGUCUGAUCGGCGCGGUGAAUGAAAUAACAUCUGUCAACCUGUUCUAUGAUAGCAACUUCCAUUAUGGCUCUUUACUGUAAUAGCUAAAAUACUCUUCAAAUUUCGUUGAAACACUAGACUGAAAGUGAGGUUUUUUCAUGUCACGCCUUUUCAACCAACUUAUCCAGCUUUUCCCCGUGGGUACUUCUUCUCUCCUUCCCCAAUGUUGAGAUUGGCGAUUAUUUGCAAACCAUGGGUGAUACGUGACUAGUUGUGAAUCAACAUUGGGGAGGGCGUAAUGUGACGUUAAGUGUUUCAAUAAAUGUCUGGAGUAUUGCAGCCUCUCCAGUACAUGCGGGAUCAUUUGAAACUUGGCUUGUCUUUGCUUUGUUUAAUAGUACUGUUUGAAAGCUCUUUACCAAAGUCAAGUGACUUUUAAUUUUAUUUUGUUUCUUGUUUUCCAUCGGCCGUUUUCUCAUCACACUUUAAUCUGUUGCUCAAUUGUCCUUCAAUCUUGAACUUCUUGGCUAAAUUUACAAUACAUGGAGUUUAAUAUUUUGAGUUUUUUUGGAUAAUUAAUAUUAACCCUUCUUCAAUUUAAAAGCCAUGAUUAUUUUCGUGCUAAGAUUUGGAAACGAGUUACCAUGCGUUUUGGUUCAUCUUCUUCUUCAAAAUACUGGAAAAGUUAUUUCCUUUAAUGAAGUUUCAGGAAUUCAGUACCUUGUUAAAUCCAGUGAAGAAGGAGUUUGGGGCAGAUAGGUUUUUCCACCCUGUCAAUCCUUUCGUUUAAAGAAUAGCAGCUAUGGGAGUUUUUGGUGUUAUUUUGAAAGUGCAUCACUGGCUCAGAAACUUAAUUUCAUUCUUUCUAAUAACAUAAUAAUCAUUCGUGUUUACCGGGCAAGAACACUGAGAAUGUCAUGACCUAAGUGCUUUUGUUUCUACAUUUCCUGUUUUGUAGCUGCAUGCACAUUUCACCGCCAGAAAUUGAAGUACAACAGAUAGAAAUGGUAGAUGAGGAGCCUUGAUUGAAGAGCGAAGAACCAAAUGGCAAUAAAGAAGACGACACCUCAUUAACUAAAACGAAGAUUAAUAACGACGUUAACGAGAACCAAUUAGACAAAACAGCCGAGAACCCAGAACACAUAGAGCUUGUGCAGAAGACAGCAAAUAGUUAAAACAUUAAUUGGGAAAACCUGAUUCGCUUUUUUCCCAAAGCUUUACAAUGGACUCACUAACGGGAUUAAUAAUGGGGUGGUUUAUCCGUUCUUUGCUUACCGAUCAGAACUAACAAUGCAAAUCAUUUUUGAAUCCAUAAAUCUUUUGUAAGUCAGUUUAGAAGAAAAAUUAAUUCUAUUAUUUAAGCUUUUAAGGUAGCUGAAACACCAAGUCAACUCUUUCAAAAACAACAACAACAACAAAAAUUAAAUUCACUUCAGAAUGUGAUUGUAUAGUACAAGUCCUAUGGGCUCCCGAAGCAUUUGAAUCUGUUUUUCUUUGUAAAUACACUCGAAAUAAAGGGGAUAUUAAGUAGGAAAAAAGAUAGUCCAAUCACGAUGUGGGUGUGUAUAUAUUAUAUAGUACUAUCCACAAGGGUAAAAUCCCGACACUGAGCGACAUGGCCUUGAAACAGCGACUCAAGACAGCUUAAAUGGCGACAAAUGGCACAAAGAAGGGCUGAAACUGCGACAGCGAGGAAGAAAAGCUCAUAAACAGUAUUUAGGGCGGAUUACAGUUAAACGCCUUGUUUGUAUUAUACUUGAGUACUUUUCCUUGAUAAUCUUGUCAAAAUGUCAUUCGAUUUUAAAAAUAAACACUCAUUCUGAAGUUCUUGGAACGAUGAGUUUUUGAGAAUUUUUUGGUGAAUUUUUUGGUGAUAUUUGUAGUCAGUAAAAGUUUGAAGGGCAAAUGUUAAAAUUUAUGGAAAAAUGAGAAAAUAUUGGAUUAGGGUAGGUAAAAAUUAAAAUUUGAAGUGAAUAAUUGAUAGAUAAAAGACCAGACAGUCCGCCACCACAACAAGAUGGCCCUGAGCCAAUUCAGAGCGGACUAACCGACUUGCGUGUAUACCCUUUUCUAUCCUUCUUUGAAUUCUUUCAUUCUCAGUUGAACCCCAAUUCCCCCAAAAUUCAACUGUAAUCUCCCUUAAAAUACUAACAGGGACAUAACCCUGAGCUUCAGAGCCAAUAUUCUGGCCUCUAACGGCCGUGAUACGGUACCCAGGAAUUGCAUAAAACGUUUUGUCGGACGCAACUACAAACGUCUGGCGUUAAAAUGAAGACUUAGUGUUUGUGAACGUGCUGGGGCGGAUCUAGGGGGAGGGUGCAGGGGGUGCGCACCCCCCCCCCCGAGAUGACCUGCGGUUUUCUAAUACAACUGGUAUUCUGCUAAAAAAAAACAAAAAAAACUAAGUGGUUUAUUGGUGUUGAAGUAGAGGAAGAGACAAGUGCACCCCCUCCUAAAAAAAUCCUCGGGAGGCUAUCUUUCCAAUCGAAGGCAACAGGUAAAACUUGGGAACGUUCCGCAUUUGACAGGACAGGAUUUAACGGCUGGAAUUCCCCAAGGAUCCAUACCUGGCCCUGUUCUAUUUAAACAUAUUUACUAGGGUAUCUAAAAGAUAGUAAUGCUGCGGCACAUUCUGUUGAUACUGGCAUUAGUUAGGCAGUGGGACUUAAAAGAAUCGAAAAUGACAUUGAAUGUCCUAUUUACAUGUUGGAAAGUACUAGAAUAAUUACUAUCAGUCUAUAUAAAGAACUCGUGGGAACGUUGUUUAAAAAAUGAUCAAGUGGUUAUCAACUCUGGUUUUCCCACAGUAAAUUGUUGGAAAUGAUAGAAAUUCAGAUUGUUUAUCCAUAUAUUUAAUAUAGGGUGUACUAUCUUUUCUCUGGAAACAUGAUACUUUUCUUGCUGUUUAUUGCACUUUAUUAAGUAACAGUUAUUUAGCUAUAUAUUUAUAGAAAAUUACAACACAAAAAACAGGAAAAAAAAAAGAAAGAAGGAAAAAAGAGUUCGGUAGGACUUGACCGGGCACCAUCGGCUCGACGCGACUACACCUCGCCACUACACCACAGAGACGGAUUACGUAGUUUUGGGAAAAGUCUUUAAUUUAAUUCCUUUUCCAUGAAACUUCCGCCGGCAAGAUGAUCGCCAGCUGCAUUAAUCCAGCUAUUAACAGCAAAAAAACAAUGUUAACACAUAUUCCAUGGCAAUGAAUGAAUGAAAGAACAUAAUUAUGCUUUUCAAAACGCCGAUACACGUCCUCGUCUGCAACGUAGCCCACAAAACAUAUGUUUUGUUAUCUCGAUUUCCGCUGUUAUUUUGAAGCGAAUGGUCAAAAUCACAUCCAUUUCCGGCUCAUACAGUUUCUUAAGAAUAGCAUGGCAUGACAUUUUCUCACUUUUACAUCACCUUCUAGCAAGCUGGAAUUUGUAUAUCCCCCGUGUUGCGGAGUCGAAGAGCAAAUACUCAUCUUCUCGUCAGGUUUAACACCUGGACGAGUCAAAGGCUCUUGAAUUGAAAUCCAAUCCCCGAGUUAACCAUCGUACUUAUCUGAAAGACUCCUACGUGUCUUAAAUUUGGUAAGACCUCUAACCGUGCUGUAGAAAAUUUGCUAAAAAGAAAACUCUGAGUCUGGGUAGCGAACGAUGCGAACUUCCCUGUGUUUUCAUUUGACUUGUUCGUGGCGCAAUGCACUCUGGUUAAAUGCAAUGCAUUGUGGUAAAAAGUGUGGUUAAAUGCAAUGAAUUGUGGUAAAAAGUGAUGAAUUCGAGAAUUCGUCGCCCCUAAUAUAUUUCCCUUAAAUCAUGAUUAUGUUGCUGCUCGCUCCCUACGGUCGCUCCGCAGCAAUGAAAGAUCUCGUUUACGUUAUAAAACCAAGCAACCUAUCGACUUACGCAGGAGACAGAUAUUCUUUGUCGAUAAGGAUCCUUUGAUGGUCCGAGAAACCGUAGACUCUGACUUGACAUACCUAGUAGAUAAAUGGUUUUUGGAGAGUGGCAUGACACUGAGAAAUCUGCACUCUAAAUACCAGACUAUGCAUGGUGAUGGCACCUGGCAUUUCUGCCAAAAAAAAUUAAAUUGCUUUUUUACUCUCGAAGCAACUAGGAAUUCAUAUGAACUCGUUCGUUUAAACGUGUCCGUGCGUUCCAGAUCGAAUUGAAAUUUGGAAGUGUUGGUUUUUGAGGAGAGGGGAAAACCGGAGUACACGGAGUACCUCUCGGAGCAAGGGAGAGAACCAACAACAAACUCAACCCACAUAUGGCGUCGACGCCGGGAGUCGAACCCGGGCCACAUUGGUGGGAGGCGAGAGCUCUCGCCACUGCGCCAUCCCUUGCUCCCCAAUAAGGGUAAAAAACUGGUAAAAAGUAAAUGAAAGCGCCGUUCGGUUUGUUUUUAGAGUAGACACACUAUAUAUGAAGAACUUUAAGCUUUUAGGUCCUGAAGAACCCCGAUGGAGCAAAGAUUGCAUAAAAUCCUCUGUUCGGUUUAUAAACUCGUCAGUAAAUCAUGAAACAAACCCGGAGUGUUUGAAUGAGUUAAUCUGAUCAAGAGAAACAACAUAUACCUUGAGAGGAAAGGACAGUUCUAAUUAUUUUUAUUGUUAUACAUUGUAGUCACCAUCUGUCUUCUCAUUGGCUAAAAGCCUACGGUUAAUUCUGGGAAACAGCGCAACCUACAGAUUAUUCACUAAUCUGUACCUACAGAUUAGUGAAUAGAGCGGUUUUCACUUGACUGUCGAAGGGAUUGGUUUUGGUUUUGGUUUUGGUUUUACUACGCCCUUUGGUUGGCUAGUGUAUUUACUUUGGUUUUGGUUUUACGACAGUCAAGUGAAAACCGCUCUAAUCUGUAGGUUGCGCGCGCAAUGCAUGAUUUCCAAGAGUAAUGUCAAGUGCACGGACAACAAUGUCAAGUUCGCGGACAGCGAAGUAAGAAUGGCUUCUCGAUUCGCUUCAUCGACCCAGCAAGAAAUUGAGAAAUUACUUGAAGAUAAAGUAUAAUAAAACAAUUAUUAGAUUCGGUUUUUGUGAUAUCCGGAAUAAUCAAGGUCUCGGUUAGUGUUAUCAGCCUCAGCCUUUGGUUUCCGCUGAUAACACUUACCUCGACCUUGAUUAUUCCGGAUAUCACAAAAACCUCAUCCAAUAUAUAAUUGUUUAUAGUACCUACGAAUCGUCCCUUUAAUCGACUUUGUGAUACUUUUUGAUAGUAUUGCUGAGUUUGAUUGUAAAUAGCUUUUGUACAGUGUCUCAUUUAUUUUAGUCACAUAUUCUACUUAUUUUAUUUGCAGUGGCAUACCUGAAAAUAAACUGGUGAAGUUUUCUUUUACUGAGACUAAUCCAUAUCGCUAAGGCCUGUUUUAAACGUCGUGCUACUGCCGUGCUUGAAGCUGGCUCAACUGUAGCUCGACUGCAGCACGACAGUAGCACGACUUGGUUUCAGAUGUCGAAUUUAAUUCAGUCGAAUAGAAGUCGGCUUUUGUCGAAAUCAAGACACGAAAGAGUAGUAAGGAAACAGUUUAGCAAACUUUUAAAUGUAUUCUGGUGUAUUUAUAAUGUAUGAAUAGAGUUCGGCUUGGGGUACAGCGGUAGCACCAAUCGUCGCGCUACUGCCGUGCUUAAGUCGAAUUCUUGAGUUUGGUACGGCAGUAGCACGACGCUUGUAACAGGGCUGUACGUCCAUUGUAUUGUAUUGUAAACCCCAGCACUGUGCUUUGACUAGCAAUUUCGUUCCCAAGGACCAUUCCCUUUGAAGUAAAGGCCGCUAGAAACGAAGUGCUUUUGUUAGUAGUUGUUUUCAAUCUAACUGAGGAGGAGGCCGGGAGUGUUAGGCGUGAUUUGGCAGAUUGGCUCACAGAUGUUUUCGUGUCGUCCCUUCUUGUGAGCCUGAAGCUGGCUAGCCAUGCAUAAUAAAUAGUCACGAGAUCUCUUUGUGUACAAACACGCGCUUUUGAUACCAUGAACACACUUUAUUGUAGUCUUGUGAGACCUUUAUUAGAAUAUUCAUGCGAAACUUGGAACCCUCAUAUUAAACGUAACAUUGAUAAAUCGGAGGCUGUUCAGCGAAGAGCUACCAGAUGGAUCACUAGGUCUGAUGAUGAUUAUGAUACUAGACUAUCUAAGCGGAAAUAGUUGUCAUUAUCUAAUAGGAGGUUCUCUAGAGACGUUACAUUUUUUUAAUGUAAUUAAUGGACAUUAUGAUAUUGACAUUUCAAAUAAGCUCAUAUUUUGUAAGGACAGAAAUACAGGUUAUAACUUGAGGAAAAAUGAUACACAGGACCUUGUUCCAAAUUUUAGUGGAACUGAUGGUUUUAAAUAUAGUUUUUUUUUUAACCGUAUUGUAAAUGAAUGGAAUGGUUUACCCAAUCAUAUUAGAGAAUCAAACAGUAUUGCAACUUUUUAAAAAAAUGUUUUAAGCUUUUUUAAGGACUACUAGAACAUUUAUAUUUCUAUUUGCAUAUAUUUUUCUUAUAUUUUAAUUAGUGAGGGCAUCCCUAGUAUGGCACAUUGGCGCUUUUGGUUGUCUCCUUCUCCACAACUUUUUAUUUUAUUUUUAUUUUUAUUGUAGUGUUACCUUAUUUCAUUUCAUUAUUUGCUUGUAAUGUAGUGGAGUGAAUCUGUAAUAAAUAAAUAAAUAUCUGUAAUAAAUAAAACGUGGUCUUCAUGUGACCAAACCCACGCAAUUUAAGCCUGAAGCUGGCUAGUCAUGCAUAAUAAAUAGUCACGAGAUCUCUUUGUAUACAAACACACGCCUUUGAACGAAAACGUGGUCUUCAUGUGACGCAAACCCACGCAAUUUAUCAGUGACUGAUUAAAUGAAGAAUUUAUGAAGUUAAAAACUAAUAUCCUCUACACCCAGUCUGUACGUAAAGAUGUGCGAAAAUGUAGAUUGAUGCAAGUCAGAUCAGAUGCGGUCAGGUGUGUAUUUUCAUUUUAUAUUCUCUCGUAGUCAACGGUACUUCAAAAAUUGACUAUAGUACACUGUCAUUUUUGUAAACUUCAGUUGCAAACGUACAAACGACCCUAUUAACUGUCGCCUUCGAGGAACUGACUAUUGCCACAGUAGUUUCUGUUGCUAGCGUGGCCACAUACUGGUAUAAGAACAAUCUGCUCGUGUAAUCAUGAAAAAUUUCAGUCGAUGAGUCUCGGGUCGAAGCAUAAAAAUAAACAGAUGAAAAUUGAUGUUAUGAACAAUGAUAUUGAGAGUCACUCUGAAAUGAAAUUAUUGGGAGUGACCAUUGACGAGCAUUUGAAUUUUAGUAGGCAUAUUGGAGAGGUAUGUAAAAACGCAUCUAGAAAGGUUGGAGUUUUGAUGAGGCUUAGAAACAUGUUAACAACAUCAGCCAAACUUAAGAUUUUCAUUUCUUUCAUAAUGCCUCAAAUUACAUACUGUCAUACAGUGUGGCAUUUCUGUCGGGCGACGGAUAGCAGAAAGAUGGAGCGAGUACAAGAGCGAGCGUUAACAGCCGUCUACUGCGAUACGAGAAGUUCAUAUACGAUGAGCUCUUGAGAAAAGCUAAACUCACGACACUAGGUUGUCGCCGAUUGCAGGAUAUAGCCAUAAUUGUGUAUAAGGCAAAGUACAAUAUAUGCCCUCCGAACAUAAAGGACAUUUUUAAGCUCGAUAAACCUCGCUAUGGGCUCAGAAAUUCUGGUGACUUUUUAUUCCUCGAUACAACACAACAACUUACGGGAGACAUAGCCUAAGAUAUGUGAGUCCAGCAAUAUGGUCUAAAUUAAGCAAGGAUGUAAAAAACGCAGAAUCAAUUUACAGCUUUAAAAAGAAAAGUAGUAAGGUAGAUCUUGAAAAAGUAAUCACAGAGGGCUGUAAAAACUGCUUUCUAGACAAAAAGGACACCUCUUAAUCAAUAAGUAUUAUUUUAUAUGAUAAAUCCGAAUACGUUUUAUCGAUAUUUUUUUUAGUAUGUAUAUUUUUGUAAAUUUUAUUCUUUGUAAAUAUUUUUUUUAUAUUAAUUAGUUAGAGCUGAUAGUAUUUUAAUUUAGUGUCCCCUAUUAGUAGGCCGUAUAUGGCCAGCUAGAAGACCUGACACUGAAUCAUCAUCAUCAUCAUCAUCAUCAUAGUUCUUGGUGGAUAAGACAGACUUUACGCAAAACACAAUUCAGUUUUUGUUCCAACACUGAUAGAUUUCUUCCACAACGUUCACCAUGAUGUGGGCUGAUGCAAUGUAGUGCAAUCAGCCUCGACCUAGUGUUACAAUCUCGCACAGGCACUUCCGGUGACUAAUUUCCGGUUACAGUUGAGUUUGUGUCCAACAGUUUCGACCAUAAUUUGCAUAAAUGCUUAACAUUUUAUGACAAAGUAUUGAUACCGUUUCACUAGUUACUGUUGCGAUUGUUGUUUAUAAAGAUGUGAAUCACAAGCGAAAGAGCUGAGCACGUUCUUUCAAGACGAUUUUUUAAUGAAAGUUUAGGACGAUUCCACAAACUUCACAUUAUUACUGAUAAAUAAAUAGUAUCAUUAUAUUUCCGAGUUCACUGGGAAUCAGUCAACCUUGCUUACUUUGCUUGGUCACAGUCUUUCUCACCAGCGUAACUGCUACAGUUGUCAGUGUUGCAAAAAGUAUCUUAACGGUGGCGACGAGCUGUUCUAGUCAGUCAUGUACGGUUCGGAACGAUAAAGAUUCGUCGCACUUUGCAGACGUUCUUUGGGCAUCGUCACGCAAUCUGCUCCCAAAAGUCAUGAGCAGGAACGCGUGACGAAGCACCUGAACAACAUCAACUUGAACACGCCAUAUUGGACACAACUGCCUUCUCGGAAACAGACUAGGCACUGGUAAUUGUGGAAAAAUGGUACAGAAAUCUCACAACAUUCCAGUCAAAGCGAGAGAAAGGUAAAUUACCUCAGAAAAUUUAACCGGGUUUCGACUCAAAAGGUAAUUGCAAGUACUCUUUUAUCAUAUGGUAUGUCACUGUUAUUACAGAUAUUUAGAUUGGGUACCAUUUAGAUUGAUUAAUCCACCAUAAGGGCAGAAAUCGAUUAAAAUGCAAGAAAAAUACGAUACACCUACGACCACUGUUUUAGAGCCUACUUGUUACCUAAACUGUAUAAAGAGGACAACAACUUUUACCUCUCUCUCACUCUCUCUCUUAUGUUAGACACCCGCUAUUCAGCCAAAAAACUCCAGGCGUGACGAGCCAGCACGACUGAUCUGAUUCAUCAAAAUGAGUCACACAAGCACAACAAGUCAGCUUUGCAAUUCCGAUUCUGGUUGCCCACACCCCAUCCAAACGUGUUCUGAUGAAAGUCAAACGUCAUUACUAAAACCUGUCAUUAAGGUAGGCAGUUGAGGCAAAGAAAAUUGUCAGUAAUACAACGUCCUACGUUGAAAUAUUGUUAUGUCUACUGUACCAUAUUGGAGAAAACUGCAGGGGAAAAUGGCCCAGUUUGAAUUGAGAAUGUCUUUCCUUUUGCAUUUUCUAAAAAAGACGAAAUUAAAAACCUGUUCUUCCUCUCCCCAACUCUCCUGCUAUUUAUUGCUAGUUAAUGAAAGGCCACUGUCAGGGUGACCCUGAAGAGACGCAAACAGCAUUAAAUUGGGAGGGGGAGGGAUCACAUAAUGUGUCGUCUCGGGGGAAAGGUGGGUAAUUUUCUCAACAAUUCAGUGGGAGUUUUUAGUGGAGCAAAUAGCAAUCAUAAUGCAAAAUAUUGGAAGUAAUUAAGUAGCCACGAUUUUCUUGUUGUCCUCAUCCCUGAAAGCCAAUUGUUUUGGAUCCUUUUAUACUCUCUUAGAUUCCAUCAAGGAACACUCUUCCACUAUGGAGAAAGUACUUAACGGUGGAACCUGUAGUCUUUUUCUACUUCUACGGCUUUCUAAUGUAUAUACCAGUUGGUGGAAUAUACGUGUACGAACGAGUCAGUGAAAUGAAGGGCUUCCCGUAUAAAAAUGUCAGUCGAGAAAAAGAAAGUUGUGGAGGUGAAAAUUUAAACAGAAACUCGUCACUAUGGCGUCUUGAAGAAGAGGUGAGGCGAACGUUUUAGAUAUAGGCACAGUUUCAUAGAAUUAGACAUGAGACAAACUCUAGACAUUUUACCGCUGCAGUCCUAUGUACGCCGCGCACGUGCUUGUGUGGUUUGUUACGAUAUCUAGAGAUAUAUUUCGUACAUUUUAGAGAUAAUUUCGUACAUUACCAACAGGCAAAUCUCAGAUGCUCUCUCACCGGCCUGGCCAAGCGUGCCGUUCAAGAAACGGCUUGAUGCAUAGGAGUAAUCCUCAAUUAUGUAUUUGAAUCCAAUUAAGAAGAUGUUCUUAGCUAAAUGUUUUUAAUGUUUUAUUUUUUCAGGUUCAAAGUCUUGCCUCUGAAAUCGGAUUAAUCUACAACCUUUGUCUUGUCAUCCCCUCUCUUCUUUUGGCUCCCCUGUGGGGACCCUGGACAGAUAGGGGAGGCAAGCGAAAACCCGCCCUGCAGUUUGCUAUCUUAGGCGCAUGCUUAGAGAUGAUAGUCACAUUACUGGUGAUGUACUUCAAAUGGUCUGUAUAUGUCUUAUUCUUAUCCGCGACAAUCAGUGGGUUCUCUGGUUUUGCCACAGUUUUGAUGGUUGGAGCCACGGCGUACAUAGCUGAUAUUUCUGAGAAAGAAGAAAGAGCUUUUCGAAUAGGUGAGAAGCCUACUGUAACGAGGUCAGUAGCUGAGACUAAACUUGAUGAAAUAAACAGUAUUUCAUAGAAUUUUUAGUCAACCAUGAUUUGACGUGAUGAAGGCCUUUAAAUCUCGAUCUCAUUUUGAUUAUAAUAUUCGUAUCCUCCACUGUCACACCAUCACAGUAUGUCUACUUUUUGCGUAUUUAAACGUUAUACAAUGGGUCUGACAGCAGCUGUCGAGAGACUUGCAGAAUCUUCUUGAAAAUUAAUUUUGUAUUUUUUUUCUCUUAUUUACAGCUAUAUUGUAUCUGGCAAUUUUCUUAGCUGGUGUCAUCAGUUUAUUGACCAGCGGAUUCUGGAUGGAAUAUGUAGGUUUCAUCCCAUCCGUCUGGUUCAUAUGGUCCUGCUAUUUUCUCGCUGGGGUCUGGACACUAUUCUGCGUGCCAGAAAUUCCAAAGCCAGUCACAGACACGUCAGCUAGCUUUUUCAGCACUGAAAAUAUCAAGGGUUUUGUCAAUUUGUUCCGAUUGCAAAGAGAUGCUGGAAGAAAGAAUCUCUUUCUGCUGAUGUUCUGUGGAGGUGUCAUAUUCUUGUCCAGAGUGGGUAGCGAUGGCGUAGAGACGCUUUAUGUACUAAGAAGUCCUCUCUGUUGGCGCCCCACGUUGGUGGGUUAUUACUCCGCGUUUGAAAUGUUUGUGGAAGGUAUCGGAAGCGUAGUCGGGGUAGAGAUCUUUAGACGUUGUUUAAGAGAGAUGAAUGUUGUGCGUAUUGGUAUAGUCACGUUUAUGAGUGCAUCGGUUCUACUUGCUUUUUCAGAUCGUACUUGGAUGAUUUUUGUUGGUAAGUAAAUAGGACGAAUAAAAUCGUAUUCGGGAUCUAACAUCUUUUUAAAAGGUCUUUUUUAUCCAAACAACUUCCCUCCCGGCCCGUCCCGGGGUAUCUUUAUUAUUAACGUUCCCAGAUUUCUCUCUGUCUUACACUAAGAGGUCUGGGAACGAGAUUACGCCCUCCUCUUGAAUGAACUUUAUUUCAACACAAAAUUCAAAGAGUCGAUAACUAAUUUGCAUUAAAGCUGUGUUACAAAGUUAGAGAUAUAUAAUAAGACAAAAAUGAAUUACAAUGUAAAAUGAUAAAAAGAUCAUGUACAUACCCACAAGACCCGCCCCCCCCCCCCCCCCCCCCCCCCCCCCCCCCCCCCCCCCCCCCCCAAAAACAAAAACCACCAAAAAAAACCCCCACAACAACAACACUCAAAACAAAACAAACAAAGAAAAAAACAACCCAACAAGAACCGCACCAAACAAACACCUUUAAACACAAAAUUCAAAGAGUCGAAAAAUAAUUUUAAUUAAAAGUGGGUUAAAAAGUUAGAGCAAAAAAAUAAAACAAAAAACAAUUAAAAUGUAAAAUGAUAAAAAGAUCAUGUACGUACCCCCAAGCCCCCCCCCCCCCCCCCCCUCCGCAUUUUUCGGCCCAUCUACCAGUAAACAACAAAAAAAUACAUCCGGUUAAAAGCUCUUCUCUAACAUCGUGUAUUGAAAUGAAUGCGACUUUUUACGAGGUUUUGAAGGUUAAAAAGCAAUCAAAUUCAAAAUUCUUUUGAUCAGCACAGCCGCACUGCUAUGUAGCUUGUUUUGAAAGACUUUUUUUAGUCCGGUUACGAAGUUAUAUAAGUCCAGGGCUUAUACCCGGAAGUUUACGGUGUAAAACAAGACAGUUAAUCUAAACUUACCUAUGGGAAAUAAUUGAGCAGAUGAAUAAAGUGAGCGGGCCAGGCCAGAGCAACGCCGCGCGCACUCACGUAAUCACAUAUCGACUAACACUAAAAAGUAGGUUGGGGCUAUUUGACUGUAGAUCUAGGUCAAACAAAGCUUCCUGAAAAAUCAAAGAAAUAAAAUUGAUUUAAUUUAUUUCACUAAUCCAGUUGGGACCGUUGGCAUCUUUAAUGCACUUCCUGACCCAGUGCUAAUGGGUGAAAUGUCAAAGAUUGUGGGAGAGGACGAACAAGGUAAUUAACUAACUAGUUUCUUUGCAGACAUUGCUGAUAGACAUGUCAUUAAGUUACUACGCUCUUAGCUUCUGACCUCUUAACUUCUGUACAUGGCGUACACUGUUUUCAGUCGCGUGCCUCGUUUAGGAAACUUAGCAGUCAAAUCAAAUUGGGCCAAUAUCCCAGCUUGUUUAUCCUAUGCGCGACUUCAAAUUGCUCAAUUUCCGUCCAAAAAAGUUCAUUGCCAAACGUAACUGUCUUUGUUUGCCCAUUUAAACGGAGAAGUUCGCCCAAUACUGGACCUUAAGAUUUAAGGGCGAGGACGACUAUGAGGACCCGGGACCCGGAAAGCUUUAUUGUACUUUUUUUUAUCACCGGAAAGUUUAGCACAGUUAUUCUUAUUGUAGGAGUUUAAGCUCUCUUCCAAUCACAAAGAGCUAAAACUUCUGUUAAACAUUCUACUCGUAGAAUGCCAAAAUGACGCUUUUCUCAACCGCGACUAUUAAGUAUUGAGAAAUAUCGUCCUCGACUUAAAGGUCUCUGCUGUAAGUGCUAAUAGUCAAAUCUCUCUUCAAAACUGACAUCGCUGGGAAUGCCACUAUGUGUCCGACUUAGAGAGUUAUGCGCCUUAUGUAGCGUCAAAGGAAAUGACUGAAUAACAACAGGAAACAGGUCUAGGUGUCUGUUUUACAGAGGUCUCAUCGUUAUAGAGGUUCGAAAGUGCUGACGUCAUUGUGAAUUUUCUAUCCUUUAGGUUCCCUGUUUUCUGUUUAUGGUGUUGUUACCGCUAUAAUGCAGCUUGUGGGCGCUGCAAUUUUCAACAAUAUAUACCAGGCGACCCUGGGGCUGACAUUCCCGGGCUUAGUGUUCGUAAUCCGCGCCGGGCUGGUUAUCAUUCCUUUUGUAUUGGUCAGGUAAGCGUUGGUUGAUGAUUCCGUUAGUUCAGCACUUACAAACUGGUCAUAAUACCUAAAUAAAAACAGCUACCGGAGCAGCGACAACAACAACAAGAACAUCUAAAGAACAAACGACUUAUUAAAACUGACGAAAGAUAAACGGAAAAUCGAGAAGUGACAACGGAUAGGCAAUACCAUGACUCAAAACAGAUUGAUGGCAUUAAAUUAAAGAUAUAUAUGUUUAUGGAGUUUGUAUUUUGCACAGGAAUCAGACUUGUCAAUGAAAAACUUGUGCUUUGUCAAUAUUUUACUCGGCUUGGAGUUUGUUAUGACCCAAAAGAAGGAAAAGCAACAAAUGUAUAAUAAUAUAUCGUAAAAUGGUGCUUACGUGGCUCACUCUUGACUAGUAAAGAAUGUCUGGUAGUAGAAAAACACCUUUACGGUGAUUUUCAAGGUUUUAAUUUGUUGAUUUCCGUUCAUCUUUCCCUCAACAGCUUUAUUGAACUACCACGUUUUAACGACCAGGCGGAAGAAACCAAGGCUUUGCUAGGGAAUCAAGGAAUGGUUCCUACAAUGUGAUAGUACACCGUAACCAAACGCAGUGAGGUCUGUACUAGCGACCGAGGUCAAGAUUCUCCUAUACAGACCGACCUAGCUCGGUUAAUAAGAUGUAUAUUAUAUGGCCAAACAAGAAAGCAAAGGAAAAAAACAUUAAUAAUUUUAUUUGCUUCCUUGCGCGGGCUCAAGCAUUUAGCUGGCUUUCUUCUGUCACUGGUCUCCAGUCCAAACGGGACGAAAUUUACUGUUCAAAGUCCAGCUUUGGACAGACUUUGUACAAACAAGCCAAUUUUUUCAUAUAUUUUGUUGGUAACUUUUUGAUGACAACUGUUACAACAAGAUCGGUCUAGAUGCCGGUGUAGAUGCUGAAAAUCCAGACCGCGGUCAAGAUCGAUUUUAGCCAAUCAAAUUCUUGAAAUUGUUUGUUUCCAGUCCUUUUGAGACAUGUACAUAACCAUAUAAUAAUAGUUAGUCUUACAUAUCGAACGGUGACAAGUGUACUUAAUGACCUUAUGUCUUAAGUUUAAUUUAUACAGGCUCUUGUCUAUUUUUGUCUUUGCUUGCUUUGAACAGAAAAUCCUUUUGGUAGCCUCUGAAAAAGGGUAAGCUUUAUCGUUCAUAGACCACAUAAUCCGGAAAAAAUGGCGCCAACCUUUCAUGCUUUGACUCAGAAAUAUCGCAUAUUCAGAAGAAUUUCUCCUCUGUCUAACCUGCCUCUCAGAAAUGUCCCACAAGUUAUAAGAAAGUACAAUUAAUGGAAGCAGGAACCCAUAUGGACUUCGAGUAGAAUAGGGAGGAACUGCAGAGAGGGCUGUGGGCCGGCUAUUUGAGGUGGUCGAGAAAAAAAAUAUUACCUGGUCCCUGGUCUCAGAUUCAUAACUUACAAAAGUGAAAAUAACUUAAUUAAAAAUUUGCUACAUCACUCAUUAUUAAAAGAUAAUUGUUUUAAAUACAUUUCUAGCCGUAUCUAAACACGUUAGUAGGAAUAUCAUGGCCCCACCCCUUAACUUAAAAGUACUCAGCCUUACGGGUUCGGAUAAGCACCAUGGCACACUUAAUAUUUCCCCGCUUUCCCUCUUAACGGCAGGUUUUUCCGCCUAAAUAAGCGAUUUCAAGUUUCUUUCAAACCUACCGAAUCUUGGACUGAAAAAAAUGGAACAGCAAACCCCCAUUCGCCCAAAUCAAGGAGGAAACGCGUCAUAUGGCCUUUAGAACAAUAGCGAAUACUUUGUUUCGAAUAUGCGAAGAAAACUGAAGGAGCCUCAAGGCCGAGAUUUAGACCACGGAGAGUUAACGUGCGCGCGCGAUAACGCCACCCACGAAAAAAGCGACAUCGCGUCAACUACAUUAUGGCAGGAGAUUUUCACGCGCACUUGCGUAAUUCGCUUGCUCUACAAUCUCUGAAAAAAACGACGAAGUACGCGAAGUCUAUGUCGAACCUGCAACCUUGGACAGAAUAAAAUGGAACAGCAACCAUCCCACCCCCAUCCCUCCGAAAUCAAGGAUGAAGCCCCUCUUUGACUUGUGGGGAGGGGGAUUUUCCAUUUAUUUUGUCCAAAACUGUGGUUACGUGUGUGCCAAGCUAUGCUCCUAAGAUUACAUAUUAUAAAACCAAAUUGCGUGACACAGAGCUGUGUAAACUGCCGUUUGCAAUCCAUAUUUCCUUAUUUCGUUUACCGAUAUUAUUUACCGGUAGUCAACAAGUAAAUACGAUCAUCGACGCCAACCAUCAUCGCAGUAUAUCAAGGUAGGUUUUUGCAUUGCUUCUUUAGUGUUGUAAAAAAUGUAGGCAGUAGCCUAAGUUUUUAGGCACAUGAUGUCAGUGGGUGUAGGUGAUCAGUACCAGGAGCCGACUACCACUGACACUGGCAACAUUUCGGGUCGUUUACGGAGGUGGCAAGCAACGUCCUCCGCAGUGAAAGUGUUAGACAAGUUAAUUUAACGAUCAGCAAAUAAGGCAGGGUAACUGGGCGCAAUAAGGAAUGACUACAUUAAUUUUGCAUCAUAGGGUUUUCCGCACGGUUGCCCGCACCACCGUCAGCACAACUGCUUUUGCCCCCAGCAAAUAAAUCCUGACUUAUUGAGUCACUGCGAUGUUGUGAUGCAUGCAGCGACCUGUUCCUAUUUAUCACAUCAUCACAAUUUUCAAAGAAUGGUGUUAAUAUGUUCAGCUGCAAAUUUCAAACAUUGAAUCAAAUUCCAUUUCAUGUAGACUUAUUUUCUUCAAUGUUAUUGGGCCGAUUUUUGUUAACCGCGUUUUCUUUGCUAACAUGCUCAUCAGGAACAAGAACCGACGGGUCUUAAGGACCCAUGAGCCUCCACUAUCAUGAUCCUGACACAUCACGCAACCUAGUUUUAACUUAACUUUUAAAUAGUUCAGUUUUAAGAGCAUGUUAAAACAGAUCAUCAAUCAAGGUUAGCCCAAAUCGUGAGAAUUUAUUGGAAUGCCUUCUCAAUGUGCAACUGCUGUUUCGCUCCUCGUAUCUCUUGCUAAUGGCUAACAAUAACGAUUAAUUAUUGAGUGGACCGGAUGUCAACGAGAGCGGGAUCUUUCAUUACAAUUCAAAUACGAUGCGAGCAUCCACGGGUCACAGAUUAGUUUAAAGACUAUACACCAGAAGGUGUAUACUGUGCUGCCAUAAAACCUAGACUAGAUAGAAAUUAUGUAUUGUAUGAAAACGAGAAGUUUACCACAACAGACAGCUGACAGCGUAUGAAAGGAAGAAGUAACCCUGCUAAACCCAUUCCCAUGCCGGACACCACCCCAACCCACGGGUCUCAUUAAAUUGUUUGAACUGAAGCUAUAAAUAAAUGAAAAUGAUGAUUGAUGGUCGAUACAAAGCAAGCUAGGUGGGUGUAUCGUGUGGCACGAAAUUUUUGUGGUUGUUUAUUUUUACGGAUUGGGCAUUUUUCCUGUUUCGCGGAAACUAAUUUUUGAGACUAGGUGUUAUGAAGCAAGAGUGUAGCGUGAUUGUGAGAUGGCGUGAUUUUCCUCAUCUUUUAAACUUUGUUAUUAAUAGUUUCCCUCGUCUGUCAGAUUUUACUGAUUACAGAGUUGAAUAUUUGAAGUAUUCAAUUAAAUUAACAACAUAACUGAGCGAAAGAGAACUUGCUGACAGAUCGGAUUAAAAACUAAAGCUUAUAGAUUCAAGAGUCACAAUUUCGUGUAGUGUGUGAGCGCUAUAAGAAUUAAUUUUCAAAAAGUACCCAGUACCCAGGAUUUUGUUCUUGGCAAGUACUUGCAUUUAGGGUGUAAUCGAAAUACAGAUUUCAAACAGUACUACGAUAUGCGUACAUUAUGAAAAACCAAUUCAUCGUAAACCAUUUUCUUUCUGAAUUGAAGAGGCGAGUUGUAACUGAACAGACACGAUUUCUUUAUUUUAGUCAAAGUAUAUUUAAUACUCUGGAGUACAUUUUUGCGGGAAAAAUGUUUUCGUUAAUUUUUUUUUGGGAAAUUAUUUUUGCGGAUCGCUGGAUAAAUCGCAAAAAAUCGUAAAAAUUAGAACCCGCAAAAAUUUCCUCCCACACGGUAUCUCUAGUUUAUCUGACCUUUUUUUGUUUUGUGGACAGCUUGUCUCUAUAUUUGAGGAAAACAAUAAAAAAAAUCGUCCCGGUCGUAGGAGGAAAGCGUCAACCCAAGUCUACUCUGCGAGCAGAGUCUCCGUCGAUCUUCCUAGAUAAGUCUUCCCGACUUAUCUAAACCCAAGUCAAGCGUACCCCCCAAGAUUACAUUAAUGAAUUUAUUAUUCGAAAGUUGAAUCCGUUGGUAGUUGUAGAUUUCAGAUUCAUGUCUGCAUUCUUACAUGCGUAAUGUCUGUGAAUUCACACACGAUUCAGUUACGAAAUUUCUACCAGCUAAGUUUCCCUGAAUUUGACGUAAAAGUCUUCUAUGAAAUUUGACCCAUUUAAAGAUUUUCAAUCUGACCAAAUACAGAGAAGUUCUCGCAAAAUAUUCACUGCUCAGGACGCAUGCAGGAAUGCCGAUUUGAAUUUAACACUAGUUACCGGAACGACUGACGGAUUCAUUUUGGGGUACGCUUGACCUGCCUCGACUGUAAUCGCGUGCUAUACCAUUGAGCUGUAGUUAGAGCGGCGCACAGAGUUAAAUUGUCUAAACUAAACCAAACUGGUUAGACAUGGACAAAGUUGUUUAUACACUGCGAACCGAUCGGAUGAAAAUGAACUCAUUCAAUUUUUUGAACUAUCAUAGAAGGGACGUCUGUACACAGGCUAGCGUGUGCAUAAGAUAAGAGUGUUCAUUACGGAGGUCAUAUAUGGCGCCAGGAAUGGGCUCCUGAUGGCGCUUUUUAUCCCGUGGGGCACUCCACAUAAUUACCUAGUGGGGAGGCUCCGCGCGAAAGGGGUACCUUUUUUAGGCUUCAGGUAUACAAAAGAGUAUAAAUUUCACUAGCUGAAGUACAUAUGAAAGCGUAGGAAAAUACGUCAUUUCGGUCAGUAAAAAGACCUAAAAGGACUAGGCUCACCACGAUCACGUUGUCUAUCUUUCCUAGCAAGAAAAUAUACUUUGCAUAGCAAGAUCUUAUAUCUUCUUUAAGCUUUAUUGUUAUCUCGGAAUCGUUGUAAACAUUUCCGGUCAAUUGAUUGGUUUUAUACAUAUUGAAAUAACAACAGCCUCUGUAUAAACAUCUACAUACGACAUUAGAAGAUUGAUCACUAAAGACGUGAUUACAAUAAUUGUAUAAAUGAUGAUAAAAACAAAGAAAAAUAAAAUCAAUAAAAAAUUAAACGUAAAAGCACAGCUGAAAGCAAGUAUAUGUUACCUAAAAGCUGGCUAUUGAAGUACUGAAUUCUUCCAUAAGGCUGUUGUGUUGAUCAAAAACACUGUUGAAUUUCACUGAUCCAGUUGCUCGUAAUGUUUACAUACCGAACAGUUUGAGUUUAACAGCUAAUUCGGGUGAUUCUUUUAGCGCUUCUCACUCGAUCAGUACGUAGCGCACUAACUGUACAAGGUUUCCUGAUAAAGACUCACUUGGAAGAGUUCGCUUGUAAAUGGGUCUCUCGUCAUGAACUAUACCACUUCCAAAAUGUACUCUUGCCAUCUUUUACUGUGGGCUAACCAUCAACAGCGUUUACAUUCGUAUGUUUGCAUUCGUAUGCUUCCACCGAAGAUAGAUUGCUAAUAGCAUUGAAUCGUUUCUAGCUCCUCGGAAUGUACUCUGCUGAAGUGCGCUGAUCUAUUCACCGCAUUCUACGCAUACACUUAUAUCUUGCGCACGCGCUUAACACGCCAGAGUGCGAUUUGUGCCGGAAGGAAAAACCAAUCCCAUGCUAUAACUGGGCUUGCUUCAGGCAGCCCAGUAAAAACAAGUUUAACCUUAAAACUCAUAGACUAGAUAAACUUCGUAUAAAUGAUCGGGAUCUUCAUUUAGGACGGUGGAAAAGGAUAAUAUGUGGCGGUGGACAGUGGAAGGCGGACGGUGGACGGAGGACGGAGAAAAAUAAUAAUAAAGAAAAAAAUCAAUUUUUUUGUUUAUUUCCAAAAAUAAUUUUUUUAUCGAUUUGCAAAACCUGUCGAUCAGUGGCAUGUUUUUGGUAGUAAGUCAGUGACACAUAGCGGGGCCAAAAAACUUACUUGAUGGUUUCUCUAAUUAAAGUUCUUCCAGAUUUAUUGUUGUGGUCUAGACACAUUUAUAGUCCCCACAAGAAACUGAAAGGAUUUACACCAGCACAACAACUGUGACUAGAAAUUUACGGAUGACCCUUUAAAAAAGUUCGUAAGAAAAGUACGUUUAAGAAGAACCAAAAGCCAAGAAAGCAAAGGCACGCCCUAAAAGAUCUUUAAAAACAUAACAAAUUUUGCUUUUGAAUACAUGUAGCAAUUCUUGGAUUGGGCUUUGCAAUGAUGUGAACUCAGAUCGAGACAGCUGAGGCACUAAACCGUCAGUCCCGUUUCUGUAGGUGUCAGUACAAUUGACGUCAAUUGCCUUGAUAUCGGCAAGCAUUUGCCAAAUUUUUUCAAGGCUGGCUGAUUACGAAAAAAUUACUAUACCAUAGCUGGGAGAUGUAAGCCAAUCACAAACGUGGAAAUAUUUUGAAUGAAUAAUGAUUCGAUUUAUCUAGUUUCAGGGUUAUUUCAAGUGAGAUAUUCUCCCAAAGAUCGUGCAGUUGUCUUCUUAUUACUCUACGAUAACAAGAUGCCUCAACAAAAACUUCCGAGCUGGAGAAGCUUCUUAACAGUGGAGCCUGUCAUACUAUUUUAUGCAUACGGCCUCUUCACAAGCUUGCCUUUGUUUCGGCAAUAUGUGUACAGUGUCAUCAGUGACGGGAAAGGGUUUCCAUAUAAGGAGCUAAUAAUGGAAAAAGAAGGUCCUGGGUGUCAUGAAGACGUCUUUGGAGCAAACGCCACUUUGAAACGACUAGAGGAAGAAGUAAGACGGAUUAAAUUUUUUGAGUUUACUUGGCAAUCUGAGGGCGGCACAUAAGGGUCUCAGGGGCUUCCUCUUUCUCCGCCCUUAAUCACGACACACCCCUAAUCUCUAAUUAGACAAAAUAAUUUUCCACCAAUAACCUUAGUGCUUUUCUUUGAAAUUGAAACUACUUAUGAAAGUUCAAGUCGUACUCCGACCACUAACUGGGAGGCUGCUUCCAAGAAGUUCUGAGUUCAUCACCGCACAGAGAUGAUACCAAGUGGAUAAUACCAAACGUGAAUUAGGUGAACAACAUAAUACAUGCUUGCUGCUUAAGUAUGGAAAGCCAUAACUUUCUUAUGUGGUUAUUUAUCAUUAUGUGGUGUGGUCUUUUUCUUCAUUAUGUCUUGUGGUUACUUCAUUAUGUCUUGUGGUUUCUUCAUUAUGUCUUGUGGUUACUUCUUUAUGUCUUGUGGUUACUUCAUUAUGUGGUUUGUUCACUAUGUGAUGUGGUUUGUUCAUUAUGUGAUGUGGUUUCGUCUUCAUGUUUUUUUGACUUCACUUCCGGUGUAAAGCUCUAGUACCCAGGCUUUACUCGUUACUAGGAACUAGUCAAACCGGUUUUAAGAGGGGCCCCAGUUCCUGCUCUUCAGCGUUGUCAAAGAUAACAAAAUGGUGGGAUAAAGGAAGAAAACAUCAUGAAGAGUAUUCUGAAGGACCUCAAACUCGAAUCUCUUUUUUCGAAAUUUGCUGCCAAAAGAAUUGAGCCUGAAAAUGUAUCAGAGUUGUCCGAUGACGAGCUUGUACGUCUUGGUGUAACUACGAUCGAGGAUCGUCAUCGCCUCCGUGCCCUUUGUGCUGACACCGAAAAAAAAAAAAAAGUCUAUGGCUGCAUCUGCUCUUUGCGAACGCGUGGCUCUUUUCAGCGGACGUAGUGGCAGCAGUAGAAGGGGUGGACGUGGUGAGAAAUGAGAAGUUUCUUCGACGAGAGUUGGACAGUAACUUUCAUUUGUUUAGCCAGCCGCCAUCAAUCGAGAAUUUCGUCGUCGACAGAAAAGCAAGUGCUUGGACUCGGCAUAAUGGCUCAAUCAAUUCCAAGUGUGCUCAUCCCCCCGUGCAUUUGUUGGGCAUUUCAAUUCAAUUCAAUUCAAUUCAAUUUUAUUUACACUUUUAUAAAAUAUUCACAUUAUAUAUAUUAAGGUAGGAAUACACUAAUAAAGGAGGAGAAGAAGAAGGAAAAAAGAAAAUUAAUGGCUUGGAUAGAAGUGUACGGUGGUCAAGGAGCUUAGCUUUCGAGCUAACCAUUUUGUCAUUUUGUUUUGGAAACUGAGCUGCAAAUGCCCCAUGGUGGGGCCGGGCGUUCAUACAAAAAUCCCACGGUGGGGCUUAAAAAUAGGGUGCAAAUGCCCCACUCCGGGACAACACCAAAACUGUAUUUUCCAGUAAAUAAUCUGCAAAAACCACAUUUAUGGAUUUCUAAUAACCUUAUCAAAACGUGUGAAGCGCCCUACGCAAAUGGCCCUUAGUGGCAAGUUACAAUUAUUACAAAAAAAAGAUCACAUCCAUUUGAUUAAUAUCAAUUAUAGAACUGUAAACUAGAAUUUUAAUAAUACUUCUUAUUUUCGAAGACGUUUAAUAUAGUGAAUAAAAAAAAUUCAACUGAUGAGCUAUUAAACAUUUUCUCAUCGUAGCAGAACUGUUUCGUCAGCGUAUUACUUGCCGCAUUGGUCGUACAAUACACGAAGUUUACAUUAACUUUCAAAUAUCUCGCAAAGUUUUUCUAGGCCUUUCUGCCUCAACCAUUCACGCACAAAGAAAGUGUCUUUCCUUUAAACUUAACUCUUCAAGCGAUACAUUAAUUGUUUUUCCUCCAUGUUCGAACUGAUCACGUCAUGAUGGCGGCAGGCAUUUUCCCAGACGGAUGCAGAAGUGAUGGAGUGAAAACCGCACAUAUCUUUUUAAAGCAAAAUUAUUAUAAGUAUUCUUUAGAGAAAUAUAUAGGCAUAUUUUUAAGGGAAAUAUUAAAAAAAGAACGACGUUAACCUUUUCUAGAAAAAUUGACAAUUUCCCCACCCCCUGCCAGAAGUUUUCUGACAAAUUCCCCACUGCCGGGACCUACAAGAUGAAUGGUUGCCUGUUUCCGCCGUUUUGUAAUCUUUGACAACGCGGCUGGAACUGGGGCCCCUCUUAAAACCGGUUUAACUAGUUCUUGGUAACGAGUAAAGCCUGGGUACUAGAGCUUCAUACCGGAAGCGAAGUCAACAAAACAUAAAAACGAAACCACAUCACAUAAUAAACAAACCAUAUAAUGAAGUAACCACAAGACAUAAUGAAGAAACCACAAGACAUAAUGAAGUAACAACGAGACAUAAUGAAGUAACUACAAGGCGUAAUGGAGUAAUGAAGUAACCACGAGACAUAAUGAAGUAACAACGAGACAUAAUGAAGUAGCUACAAGGCAUAAUGGAGUAAUGAAGUAACCACGAGACAUAAUGAAGAAACCACACCACAUAAUGAAGAAACCACACCAAAUAAUGAAGAAACCACACCACAUAAUGAUAAAUAACCACAUAAGAAAGUUAUGGCUUUCCAUACUUACGAGUCAUUAUAGUUAUUGAAACGUAUUUUAUUUAGUAAAGAAGCGUAACUUAAGUAGAGAUAGUAGCGUUAGGGAAUAAAAUUAGAAGAAGCUAGUUGACAAAAUAAUUAGACAUUGUUUUGUUGAGUGGAAUAACAUGAUAUGAGUAGACAUAUAAUUCGGCAGUUUGAUAAUUUUCUUGGAAGGAAAUAAAUGUUAGGCUAUCCACCUUUAACUUUGUAUGAAGCGUAAUUUAAUUGCAGAUGUUGUAAAGCCGAGGUGAUUACUUAAAAUCGUUUGAGCAAAUUUUCUUGUUUAUACUACUACAUGAGAAAUUUCUGCAAUUUGAUUGGCUGAGAGCAGUGGUAUUUCAGCUUAAUUUGAAAUACCUACAUCUGAAAAUUACGAACCUUUUGCGGGUGGUAGUGUAACCAAAUAAUAGCGUGAUUUGUACGUGAUAUUUGGCAUAAAUACCACUCGUGAUAUUUCAAAAUUGUCUCAACUUUCACUCGCCUAACGGCUCAUGAAAUUACGUAUGACAAUUUCGAAAUAUCACUCUUGGCACUUAUACCAAAUAUCACUACAAUUUAUGCUAUUACCUAUACAAACAAGUUCUUUUAUUUGAGAAUUGUAAAAGGGACAAAGUCCAACAUAUUCACGAGCAAAUUGUGUUCGUGAGUUAUUUUUAUUAUCCUGCUUACUGGAUUACUGUGUGAUAAUUCGAAUUCCCGGCCUGACGUACAAACCACGAAAGGGGCAAAGUCCAACACUUUCACGUGCAAACUCUGUGGCUGUAUAUCUCAUGCAGACUGGCUUUUCACAGUAAUAAUUGUAACUUGAAUGUAUGAAGACCUUUUUUGUUUAGUUGCUAGUGCCUUAAGUAAAGGCUGUUUUCUUAAAAAGCAAUAACCUAUAACACUUUUAGAAUCAAGUCGUCAGAGUUAAUUAAAGACUCUUUCAUCAAGUGCAAUCACACGUGACAACUACGUGAAUAAUGAUGAUGCAAUUAUCUACAACAAUGAUGAAAAUCGUGACAUUUCUUAGCUAUACUUCUGUCAGAAGAAGACAAAGAAAAGUGAAUCUAUAGUAUGAGGAUCGACUCGGCCCAGCUGUGCGCAGCGGUUCGAGUUUUCAUUAAUGUACAGCAAUCCCCAUUUCGUACAAAAAUCUUAAUUUACGACUAAAAAAGUUGUAGAUUGUUGAUACGGUUACACUGAAGCAUUCAAAACAGCUCAUGCACGUUAAACGUGCCUAUGUUUAUCUUUUUCUCAUUACGCAGGUGCAAAGUCUAGCCACGAAAAUAGACUUAGGGAACACCUUUUUCAUGACCAUUCCGUCGCUAAUUGUUGCACCAUUUUGGGGUCCUUGGACUGAUAAGACAGGUCGGACAAAACCGGCCCUCAUAGCACCUGAAAUUGGAGGUGUUUUGGGAACUAUAGUGAUGCUUAUGGUAAUGUACCUCGAUUUGCCUUUGUAUGUGAUGUUUGUGGGCUCAGCUGUGAUCGGAAGUUCGGGAUUUUUGACGACUCUCUCGUUAGCCGUCAUGUCGUAUAUCGCCAACACAACUGAGAAGACAGGAAUCGCGUUCAGAUUAGGUGAGACCUAUGAUAUAAACAUUUGUAGAGUUUGCUUUAUAUUGCAGGUAUAAGUGCAUUGUAACACCCACAAAUAUAGCUAACAGAGGGGAUUAUUGACAACCUUUCUAAUUGUUCUCAUUCUUGCCUGUUGCCAUGAUGUUGUUAUCGUAGACACGGUGAAUAGCCUGCGAAAACUCGCCCCAUGUAAGGAAAUCCGGAGUCCGGAAACCGAGACAUUCUUGCUGAUGGAAACCAGAAUCCUGGGCUUCGGAACCCGGAAUACAUCGUAAGAAAUCCAGAAUCCCACUAACGAUAGAAUCUGGUGUCCUGAAGUCCACCUGAUUCUGAAAUCCAUUACCUGGAACCCGGAAUCCAUCGAUGGCAUGGUAUCCAGAAUCCAAGACUAUCUUGAAUUCCCUUACAUUGGGCGAGAAAACAGUCGUUUGGUGUUGUUCACCGCUACGAGGGACAGUGAAAGGCGGCUGUAUUCGCAGGAUAGCGCUUGAAAGAGUCAGUAAAGAGAGGAAGACCAGGAGCAAGGACCCAAAAGGAGCGCGGAUGUUUCAGGCCUGUAUAGGCGUACUUCAUGUGUAGAAAGAAGUGUAGAGAGAAUGCUAACUGUUUCCUUUUACUUUCAGCCAUCAUGCAGAUGCUUGUUUUCACUAGUGGAGUCAUUAGUCAGCUGACCAGUGGUUUGUGGAUUAAUAGGUUCGGGUUUAUUGCACCAACAUGGCUCGUCCUUGCCUGUCUAUUGGCGAGCGGCCUCUGGGCCAUAUUCAUGGUGCCAGAACUCCAUAAUCAAACCCGCGCGAAUGUCAAACACAAGUUUUUUGAUCUUAAAAAUUUAAAGAUUCCUGUAAAGGUCUUCAAGAAGCCACGCCCAGGGAGUGCGCGAAAAACUCUGCUGCUGGUGGCGGUUGCAGGAGCUAUUCUAACCGUAACGGAUCAGGGACUUGGAGUUGUUCCAGCUCUUUUCGUGAUGAGGAGUCCGCUGUGUUUUGGUCCAACGCUUGUGGGUUACUUCCUGGCGUACAGGAUGUUCCUUCAGGGAUUUGGAGGAGUGGUGGGAGUAAAGUUGUUCCGAAUUUGUUUCAGCGAGAAAACAACUUCUCUUAUCGCGAUUAUUAAUCAGAUGGUUGAAAUGGGAAUCCUGGCGUUUGCAGACCGCACAUGGUUGGUUUUCACUGGUAUGUAGGCAGGGUUUUGUAUGUGAUCUGUCGUGAAUUUUUUUUUUUUUUGGUGUGAGUGGAUUCAAAUAAACUUGUAUGCAGUAUUUCCUAAAGCAAAGGAAAUAGCGGAAGCCGUCUGUAUAUAUGCAACCUAUGUAAAACCAAGUUUACUGGUGAGCGUAACGUAAUGGCUUAAGUUGAAUAGACCUUUCCCGUUUUCCCGUAUUGGACAACUUGAUACAAAUCACUGUAUUUUUUCCACCCAGGCCUCAAAUUUGUGCCCGGUAGUCGCAGUCAUGAACAGUCAUUUAUAAAUUUUGCAACUUUUUGUCUUACUCUGUAGCACCUGCGUUGGGAUUUUUCAGUGGAGCUGUCGGUCCAAUUUUGAUCGCCAUUGCAUCGAACACAGUCGAAGCUGAUGAACAGGGUAUGUGCCUGUAAGAUCGCAAUAACACGUGAGAUUUAAAACUACAGUGCUAAGUUUUGAUGUAAAAAUUGGGGAACACAGAGUUGCUAAACUAGUACGGAAGGUUUUAACAGAUUAUUCUGUCGCUAUGGUAACGUGAUGUGUUCAAUGGAUGAAUAGUGGGAAACGGAUCUAUCAAGCUACAGAGCAUUUUCACAUGACAUCACGGUGGCCAUAUUGGUGUUGCAAAACAAAGAAACGACGGCCAUGUUAGUGUUCCGAGAUUUACAAACCCUGUGGGAGUUGAACUCGUCUCUUAUGCAAACGCUUUCUUUUCUUCCAAUAAAUUUGCGUAUUUCAAAAAAAAUAUGUAAGGAGCCGUUGUUUAUGUUAUUAUUUGUUGCUUAUUUUGAAGCCUUGUUACAAUUAUCAUUGAAUUUGUGCAGGUUCACACGGUACACUGAAAUUUGGGGAUAAAAGUAACUUUUAAAAUUUUUUAAAAAAAAUGCCUAUUCAGCGUUUUUCCCCAUAUUGAAGCACAGUCAUCUCUGAAAAAUGCGUGGUUACCCCAGUUUUCGUUUUUGGGAAAAAUACUUACCAGCAGUGGGCACCGUCCUUAAUUUCCUAAUUUUUUUAAAACUUCACUAAAAAGUUGUAAAUGUUUGAAAACUGAAACUAGUGUUAUGAUUAGAGCCCUGACCAUAACACUAGAACUAACCCAAAAGUUCCAGUUCGAUUAUGUUCGAUUGGGUCAUGUCGCGUGUCUGGUUGUGAAAAUUGCAACAUUUCUGUCAACAGUGGAAAGUAUCGCGUCGGAUUUCAGCCUUGUGAUUAAAAUAUUUCCAAAAUAGCGCUCUUAGAUACCAACUUUGGCCUUCAUUUUCUCUACUACUAUUUAACGAAAAUGCUUCAUUUUUUGAAUUUGAGUCCAAGUUAAGAGUACAUUUCAAGUAAGGACCAGUUUUGUAAGCAUGAUCAUUUGUUGACUUUAUGGCAGUUCUGAUACCUUGCAGUGUGUUGAUAAUAUCUUAAACUUUCAAUAAAAGUAACAAGCUUAACUUUGAAGUACUCCUGGCUUAGCUAAUCGAACAAAACCGAACAAAAAUCAAUCGAACUCAAUCAAACCAGCAUAAUCGAACUGGAACUUUUGGGUGAGUUCGGGGUGAGUUCGAUAAAUCGAACUCGUAAGUUCGAUUACCGAACUUAGACGAACCAAUGGAACUCAAUCGACUCGAUUAGUUCGAUUUUGUUCGGCAGAAGGACAAAACGCAUCCAGGUUCAAUAUGUUUGUGAAGCAGUUAGAAAUUAAACAAAAAUAUUUCAAUUAACCAGGAAUUAAAAAAAAUCUUUAGUGUUAAAUUAAAGCGAUUCAAAAUCGAUAAAUUCACAGUUAACACUGGGAAACAUGAACGGUGUGAUAAAACCUCGGAGCAUACAGAGGCAAAAUUUAUUGUCUUGAUAAGAUAUUUGUACAUAAUAACAGGCAGUGCUUAAAGGCGGUAACGGAGAUAAGACUUACACUCUUACACUUCUAGUUUGUCGGUCAGUUGCCAAAUUAUACAAAGCGUGAGGUAAGUUCGAUUGUGUUCGAUAAGCUACGCCGAGAGAACUUUACAAAUUUCUCUCGUAUGACGGCGGUGAAUUAUUGUUUCACACCUUCGUCUGGAGCUAUACAAGGACCAACUAAGCGGUUAUGACCGUGCGCAUUUAAGCACGCCUCAAACCCCCUAACAUUGUGCAAACGAAUAAUUUUUUUUUUUUUUUUUUCAUUCAGGUUCCUUGUUUUGUGCCUACGGGAUUCUGAAUAUCUUUUCAAUGUUUAUUGGUGCAAUGAUUUUUAACAAUGUUUAUGAAUCGACGCUGGGCAUCGGCUUCAAUGGCUUAGUAUUUGUGUUAAACGCUGCUUUGAAAAUUUUUCCACUUGUAAUCAUCAGGUAAUGAAAGUCAAGGUCGUUGUAAUUGUUUCGUCUCAUUGAAGACCAGGCUGAUCGGCGUGAAUAAAACAACAUCUGUCAAGCUAUUCUAUGAUAGUAAGAUCCAGUAUGGCUCUUAAUAGUAGCUACAAUACUCUUCAAAUUUCGUUGAAACAUUAGACUGAAAGUGAGGUUUUUUCAUGUCACGCCUUUUCAACCAACUUUUGCCCGUGUGUACUUCUUCUCUCCUUCCCCAAAGUUGUGAUUGGCGUUUAUUUGCAAAUGGGUGAUACGUGUAUCAAAAUUGGGGAGGGCGUAACGUGACAUUAAGUAUUUCAACAAAUGUGUGGAGUAUUGCAGCCUCUGCAGUACAUGCGGGAUUCAUUUGACACUUAGCUUGUUUUUGCUAUGUCAAUAGAGUACUAAAGUGUGACGUCAUAAAAAUGAAAUUUCUGAAAUUAUGGGAUUUGUCAGGAUAUUUUGAAAGAACAAUGUCCAAGAGGCCUACUUGCCAAAAAUGAGCAUUUGGGGGCAAAUUGUUUCUGAGAUCGUAGCCCAGUUAUGCUUACAAAACUCCAUACAAACCCUCCUAAAUUUUUUUUGGGUCGACCCAAAAAAAAAUUACAAGGGUUUGUAUGGAGUUUUCUCAGUAUAACUGGGCUACGAUCUCAGAGACAAUUUGCCGCGAAAUGCUCAUUUUUGGCAAGUAGGCCUCUUGGACAUUGUUCUUUCAGAAUAUCCAGACAAAUCCCAUAAUUUCAGAAAUUUCAUUUUUAUGACGUCAUCACUUUAGUACUCUAUAGUACUCAGUUUGAAAGCUCUUUACCCGAUCUCCAGCUUGCGAACUGUGCGUUGUCUGCAAUAAGAAACCUCAAGUCAAUUGACUUUUAAUUUUAUAUUUUUCUUGUUUUCCACCGGUCGUUUUCUCAUCACACUAAUAUCUGUUGCUCAAUUGUGCUUCAGUCUUAAUCUUCUUGGCUAAAAUUACAAUACAAGGAGUUUAACAUUUUGAUUUAUUUUGGAUAAUUGAUAAUAAGAUUCUUCAAUUUUUGAAAAAGCCAUGAUUAUUUUCGUGCUAAGAUUUGGAAACAAGUAACCAUGCGUUUCGGUUCAUCUUCUUCUUCAAAAAAAGGAAAAGUUAUUUCCUUUAAUGAAGUUUCAGAAAUUCAGUACCUUGUUAAAUUCAGUUAAGAAGGAGUUUGGGGCAGAUAGGUUUUUCCACCCUGUGCAUUCCUUUCGUUUAAAGAAUAGCAGUUAUGGGAGUUUUUAGUGUUAUUUUGAAAGUGACGUCACUGGCUCAGAAACUUAAUUUCAUUCUUUCUAAUAACAUAAUAAUCAUUUGUGUUUACCAGGUAAGAACACUGAGAAGAUGACCUAAGUGAUUUUUGUUUCUACAUUUCCUAUUUUGUAGCUGCAUGCACAUUUCACCGCCAGAAGUUGAAGUACAACAGAUAGAAAUGGUAGAUGAGGAGCCUGGGUUGAAGAGCGAAGAAGCAAAUGGCAAUAAACAAGACGACACCUUAUAAAGUAAAGCAAGGAGUAAUAACGAUGUCAACGAGAACCAAGUAGACAAAACAACCGAGAACCCAGAACACAUAGAGCUUGUGUAGAAGACAGCAAAUAGUUAAAACAUUAACCGGGAAAACCUGAUUCGCUUUUUUCCCAAAGCCUUACAAUGGGCCCACUAACGGGACUUAAUAAUGGGGUGGUUUAUCCGUUCUUUGCUUACCGAUCAGAACUAACCAUGCCAAUCAUUUUUUGAAUCUAUAAAUCUUUUGUAAGUCAGUUUAGAAGAAAAAAUAAUUCUAUUAUUUGAGCUUGUAAGGUAGCUGAAACAACCAAGUCAACUCUUUCAAAAACAACAACAACAACAAAAAUUAAAUUCGCUUCAGAAUCCGAUUAUAUUGUACAAGUCCUAUCGGCUCCCGAAGCAUUUGAAUCUGUUUUUCUUUCUAAAUACACUUGAAAUAAAGGGGAUAUAAGGUAGGAACAAAGACAGUCCAAUCACGAUGUGGGUGUUUAUAUAUUAUAUAGUACUAUCCACAAGGGUAAAAUCCCGACACUGAGCGACAUGCCCUUGAAACAGCGACUCAAGACAGCUUUAAAAAUGGCGACAAACGACACAAAGAUGGGCUGAAACUGCGGCAGCGAGGAAGAAAAGCUCAUAAACAGUGUAAAGGGUUGAUUACAGUUAAACUCCGUGUGUGUAUUAUACUUGAGUACUUUUCCUUGAAAAUCUUGUCAGAAUGUCAUUCGAUUUUAAAAAUAAAUCACUC